UAUCCCUCAUUCAACGUUUUGUCAUGUAAACAAACGUGGUGUAAACACAUGCAUUUCAUGGUUGUAAAAGGAUCGUGUUUCUAAGUUGAUUUAAUACUAACAGGUAUCACGGAUAUGCUCGUUUACAAGGGCAAUUGACACUUUAAGCAACAGUGAUUCAAGAAAGUUACAAAACCAAGCACAAAAAUGGAAGUAGAGAGUACCGAAGAGUCCAGAGUAGAUUCUGGAACAGCCAGCGUAACAGAGGAGAAAAAAUCAACAGAUAAACCUGACACUCAGGAAAACAACAGCGAAUUACCAUCUACUUCAAGCGAAGAUGGGGCAUGCAGUGCGAGUGGGCCGUCGUCCAGUGCAGAAAAGAAAAAGAAAGAACCCUUGUGCAUUAUUGUCCUGGGGAUGGCAGGGUCAGGCAAGACCACGUUUGUGAAGCGACUCGACUCCUAUUUGAAUGUCAGAAAGCCACAUUAUGUGAUCAAUCUUGACCCUGCAGUUGACAAGGUUCCAUACAUGUCAUAUAUUGAUAUACGAGAUACUGUCAACUAUAAAGAAGUCAUGAAGCAGUAUGGCCUAGGCCCCAAUGGUGGUAUCGUCACAUCUCUUAACCUUUUCUCCACAAUGUUCGAUGAUGUAUUGAAGCUGUUGUCAAAAAAGGAACAGGACCUUGACUACAUAAUUUUUGAUACUCCAGGACAAAUCGAAGUCUUCAACUGGUCUGCUUCUGGACCAAUAAUAGCAGGAGCUCUUGCGGCCACAUAUCCAACAGUAAUUGUGUAUGUGUUGGAUGUUGUCCGCUCAACCAAUCCACAGACGUUCAUGUCAAACAUGCUGUACUCUUGUUCCAUCCUGUACAAAUACAAACUACCUUUUAUUAUUGCCAUGAACAAGAUAGACAUCAUCAGUUGCAAAUACGCCCUUGAUUGGCUCCAUGAUUUUGAUGAAUUCCAGGAUGCUCUUGCUGCCGAGUCUAAUUAUGCUUCAAACUUGACCCGGUCACUUUCUCUUGCACUUGAGGAAUUUUAUAGCAAUAUCAAAGCCUGUGGAGUUUCUGCUUUCACUGGGGAGUUGACUCCGUCCUCGUGUUCCCGACAGAUCACACGCUUGCUACCUGCAAUGAGCGACGCCGAGGACAUAGACUACUUCGUGUUAGGCUUCGAGGACUUCGCCGAAUCAGCCAGGCUACUCGAGGACGAUUUCUUCCAAAGGGAGCCACUCAUUAGAGUAUCUGGACUGAUAGAAGAAGUAGCAUCCAAAGUUGAUGUAUUCCAAGAUCCCGAUGUAAACAAAAGUACUUUAGAUGUACAUGUUAUCUGUUCGGAGGAACUAUGGAGGCCGCGGAAUAGGGAAGAAACUGGUGCGGGAGAGUAUGUGCGCCCCUUGAGAAAAAAAAUCGUAAUUAGAAGUAUAAUCAUCGUGGACUAUUAA